CGAAACCCUCUGAUAUGGUCGAUGACUCAUGGUCGUCUUCUUUCUCCUCUUCGACUGGUUGUGAAGGCGCGGUGCUGGUUGCAGCUUCGGCAGAAGUGAUGAUUCGUGUCUCAACGGAGGUCUCCAUCCCCUGGCCAACGGUAGGCGAUCAGAUCAUUGAUGACGAUGGGGGAGCAGAGAGACAGGGAGACGCGUCGGCCACCCAAUCUUCCUCGCCUGAUCUCUGCUUCUUCUCCCUGAAUCGCCAGUUCACCAUGCAGCUCGCCCUCAUCCUUUGCUCGUUUUCUCUAGCCUGCACCUUCCACAAUGACUCGCAGGCCCGUGGGUCUCCUUCUACUGCUUCUUGCUGUUCACUUCAUUUGGUUGUGAUGUCGGUGCGAUUUGCAGCAUCUACGCCUGUGUUGGGAAGGAUCCGUAGCAUCUUUGCCUGCGUGGUUGCGGCAGAGAGAGCCUCCAAUUUCAUCGGACACAUGGUACCACUCAGCUGUGGCUGGCCCACUGCCGUCUCCCGCUGUGGCAGUGCGAUGAUGGUGGUGGAUGAUGCCAUGAUUGUAGGCAAAACCACCACAGGAUCCGGUUCCUCCUUGGCGACGAAUUCUUCCUUUUUAUCAUCAUAGUCGUCGUUCCACCAGCCAUCAUCAUCGUCCCAAUCAGAUGACGCCAACUGUGCCAAAAGUUGGUUCAUGUCCUCCUUCCUCGUAUUGAUGCCAGCUGUGUUUAGGUUGACGGUGCUAACCUGCCAUCUCGUCCCAUAUUUGUCAUUGAGAGCUUUCAGCUGGUGAUAACAAUCUUGCAAAACAUGAUCGAAGUCAUCCCGGUUGAGAGUUGGUUGAGAGUUGUGAUGAACUCAAAUUCGUAAUCAUGGCUUUGAUACCACUGUUAGAAAUCCAGUUAUUAGAGUUUUUAAGGACUGACGUAACCGGAUAGAUAGAAAGGGAUUUAGGGUUUGAGAAUAGAAAUUAGGAAUUUAG